AAAACGGUGAGGUUUGUGUUUUCAGUUUCAUCAAGAAGAGCGCAUUUAUCUUUCAAAUUUGGUUCAUGUCUCUUACUUGAAACUCAUUGACGUGCUUCCCUCAUCCUUCAAUUUUCGCUCUUUACAAAUCCAACACAAUUUCCUCUUUGUUUCAUUCUCUCUCUCAACUCUUUCCUGUGAUCCACGCAGCUUCAAUUUCCUUCCCAUUUCAUUAAGGCUAAAUGGGGAGGAUCAAACCUCAUGUUCUGCUACAGCAAAGCAAAAGGAAGAAGGGGCCUUCUCGCAUAAGUACCACAACUAUUAUAGUCUGUGCAUCGAUUAUUGUCAUGCUUAUGUAUUUCCUGUUUUAUAGACACUGGUCCAACAGGAUAAGACUUCAACCAGAGAGCUACAUAUCAGUCUCUGAGGAUGAAAAUAAGCUUGUGGAAUCCAAAAAAUCUGAUCUACCGGGAUAUGCAGUUGUAAUUACCUCUAAAGGUUCUAUUAUUGUAGAACUUUAUAAGGAAAGUGCCCCUGAAGUUGUUGAUGAAUUCAUAGAUUUAUGUCAAAAAGGGCACUUCAAGGGGAUGCUUUUUCACCAAGUAAUUAAGCACUAUGUAAUUCAGGCAGGUCAUAACAAAGGGCCUGGAGCUACUGAAGAUUGGAACUUGUUAGGAAAGAAAUAUGCAAGUAUGAGACAUGAAGCAUUCAUGCUUGGAACUUCGAAGGGUAAUUACUUCAACAAAGGAUUUGAUCUUUUCAUCACAACUGCACCAAUACCAGAUCUAAGUGAAAAGCUUAUUGUGUUUGGCCGAGUCAUCAAGGGAGAGGAUAUUGUUCAGGAAAUUGAAGAAGUGGAUACAGAUGAACAUUACCAACCGAAAAUUUCUAUUGGGAUACUUGAUGUGGCUCUUAAAGAGAUGGUGUGAAGGCUCUCUGCCUGAAUCAAAAUCGUAAAUAGUACUUUGUUGAUAACAGGUUUGGUAAAAUCCUCUCUACACAGAUGAAGAACCUCAAGGAUUUUCACUUUAGGUUUGUCCAUGCAACUUUUGAUCUUUGAUGCAGUUUUAGCUACAUGUUUCAGUUGCUCAUUCAAGGAUUAUGAAAUCUUUUUUUCCCUUUUCUGUCAUAUUGUUCGGUCUUCUUUUGGUGUGGCAGGAUGAAUGUAAGGUCUUUUGCCACUUGCCAGUUUGGUGAUAUCACCUCAUAUAUUUUGGCAUUAAACUUCAUUUGUAACCUCAAAGGAGGCACAUUGAGAUAACAGUAUUUUUUUUCCUA